AAGGCGAGCCACAUGUAGGAGCGGAUGGCCCUUACAACGCAUCUCACGUUGUUUCCCUCCGUGGUCCUUCCCUCGCACUCUAGCGCACUCCCCUGCUUCCCUACCCCCUCCCCGUGGGCUCUGCAGCUUCGCCCUCAAGGCGCUUCUGGGGUUUUUCCAGGGCAAGGCGAGCUACAUGCAGGGCCAGAUGGACCGUCCAGAUGACUUUGAUCGUGUGGCUGCCAAGGACGCCCUUGCCAUCUACCUGCUGGCCAAUCGGAACACAGAGGACCCAGAGAGUGAGGACACGGCGCAGCUCAUUCGAGGGCUUGUAGCACACAGGUCGUGCCGGGGGCGAGUGCGAGUGGUGGUGGAGCUGCUGCGACCGCAG